UGUUCCUUGGUUUUUGAUCCAUCACGGGAAUGCGGGCUACAUCCGCUAGGUGCUGCCACCAGUUUAUCAGCUCUCAGCAUUGCCAGGAGAACGCUUCCACAGUGCAUCACCGGAAAUGAGUUGGGUCGUUGGGUGAUUCCAUGCUCGUCCUGCACCGACAAAAAGAAAUGUUCGUGGAAGGACGCGCAGUGGCAACCUGUAAACUGUCGGAGCAGUUCUCUCUCAGACGUAGCCGUUAGAAUGUGCUUGGCAGGGAGGAAGGUGCUCGUAUUUGGCGACUCCACUAUGGGAGGAGUCGCCCGUUAUAUUCAGGAGCGGCUGAUCAGAACCCGGACGAAAUUCACCACGGACCCUGAAGUUAUCGUGCAGGGCUACAUCGACCAUCAUUGGACGCUAGAUGACGCUGGCAGUCCGCACGAGCUCGAAAAGGCACAGAACGCAUUUGACACGCUUCUAAGAAGGGCCGGAAAGCUUGAGAAUGGAGAUAAAACCGUUUUACUGUUCGGCGCAUCCUAUUGGUUGACCCCGCAACAUAUUCCGUGGCUGUUGGAAAAUUUAAAAAAAAAUCGGCUCGACAAAAUCGCGAUACAAAUCAAAUCGAUCAACGUCGCGCUCCAUCUACCGGCCAAAGAACUGAAUAAAGUACUCGAGCCCCGCGCGAUCCUAGAGCGUGCACAGGAGACGGCGGAGAUGGCAGAACAGCACGGCGUCGCCGUUACAGAUGCCUUUAACAUGACGGCGGCAAGAUAUCGCGAGUUCCGAGCAGGAGGAUUCUGCGCUUGUCACUUUGAUAUUGUGAAGAAGAAGAAGAAAGAUGUUGUUAGCGACUCUGAUCCGAGGCAGAUCGGAGACACCGGAAUAAAUACCGUGUUUACAGACAUGAUUAUCAGUUCUCUCUGCCGGAGACUGUUGAUGUAAUGAAGCACGUCUCAUCAACGUCUCAUGCGCAAAUUAAAAAUAAUUCAUAAAUAUGGACGACGCAAAGUGGCGCCUUCUACAGUAGUAUGUGUCGAUAUGUGCACGGCAGAUGCAGAAAUUUAAGUGCGGUUCAAAUGUAUACGAAGUGAUUUGCAAUUGGUUUGGUAUGGGCUAAUCAUGUUUUCACUGUCCUGUGUUUGAUUGGUUAGCUAUAUAAAAGUGUGACUGUGAUGUUGAUUAUUUCGUGUGAUUCUUGUAGUCACUGCACACAAUUAGGAGAGACACGAAGACUGUGUGGUACGAUAGAAAAAUGUCUAGACGUGGUUUACAGGAAACGUGCUUUAUUACACUCUAGCCAGUACAGUGUUAUAAUGCCCCUUACGUGUCCUUGCCCCUCCCCCUUUUACAUUGGCGUUUUCAAUCCUUGGCCAACAUGUAGAGGCAUCUAUACCUCUAGACAAGUGAGAGGUUUCGUGUCCCGUGACUCCCGAUGAACAACUAUCGUUUCGUUAAUAUCUUAUGAUACUUAAUAUGUUAUG